CCGCGGGGGUGUGGGGGAAGGCCGUGGCCGCGGGAUGUCCCGAGAACCCCAUGCGCGGCCUAGCGAGGCCUCCUCACGUGCCAGAAGGCCCCGCCUUGUUAGGGAGCCUGGCUCCGGCUGCCUCCCCUCCCCCGCCCCAGAGAGAAGAGCUGGGGGCCGGCCCGGGACGGGAGCGGAGGGUCCCCACUGUUCAGGCGGGGAGGAGGGGUUGAGUUUCUGCCCGUCCUCAUCUAGUCCUUUCCAAAACACUGGUGCUUCCUUUAUGCUGGCCAAGAGGGCAUCUGAGGUGAUGAAGAAAGAUUGCCUACUUAAAGCGCCUAUCUGGUGGGGCAAGACAAGCCAAAACUGACAUAUACAGUGUCGUGUAGCAACUCCAUGACGGAGAUGGACCUACCACCCAGGGAAGCACAGAAGCAGCGCGGGGGGGUUGUGAGCCAGAAGGCUGGAGGGAAGAAGGAGAAGGGGCCAACCCCUGAAGAGGCAAUACAGAAACUGAAGGAGACAGAGAAGAUACUGAUCAAGAAACAGGAGUUUCUGGAGCAGAAGAUUCAACAGGAGCUACAAAUGGCCAAGAAGCAUGGGAUCAAGAAUAAGAGAGCCGCCCUACAGGCUUUGCGGAGGAAGAAAAGAUUGGAACAACAGCUGGCACAAACCGAUGGGACAUUAUCCACCCUGGAGUUUCAGCGUGAGGCCAUCGAGAAUGCCACCACCAAUGCAGAAGUGCUUCGUACCAUGGAGCUUGCUGCCCAAGGCAUGAAGAAGGCCUACCAGGACAUGGACAUUGACAAGGUGGAUGAACUGAUGGCUGACAUUACAGAACAACAGGAGGUGGCCCAGCAGAUCUCGGAUGCCAUAUCUCGGCCUGUGGGCUUUGGAGACGUUGUGGAUGAGGAUGAACUGUUGGAAGAGCUAGAGGAGCUGGAGCAGGAGGAAUUGGCCCGGGACUUGUUAACUGUGGGUGACAAGGAGGAAGAACCCCCCAUUGAACUGCCCAGUGUACCCUCUACACAUCUGCCUGCAGGACCAGCUCCUGAAGCAGGUGAAGAUGAAGAAGCACUAAAGCAGUUGGCUGAGUGGGUAUCCUGAUAAGUCUGGGCUUGUUCUCCCAGUGCUGCCUUCAUUGGUCUCUUUUCCUUAAGUGCCAAGUGCUAAGCUAAAGGAACAUAGCCUUUUGGGGAGGUCCUGCUGAGGGUGAUAGUGUGACCCUGCCUGAAAAGGGGUUGUCGCCCUCCCCUCCCUGGCUCAACUCUGAAAAAGGACCUUGGUGUGAGAGGAGCCCCUGGGCUCCCUUCUCUGAGAGCAGUUACAGUGCCCUUGUUCCCAAUAAAAUCGGGCAGAUGGAACCAUAGUGCUUAUACUGCCUCGUCUACACCUGAAACUCUUCCCUGGCCUUUGGAGCUUUGUUUCAAGCAUUGAAUCACAAUGGGAGUAAUGAAGGGAAUAACGAAGUAUUGGAACAGAGAACAAAUGGGAGUUGACAAUAUCUUGACCUACUAUGUUCUAGGUAGGUACUAUUUCAUCUUUCAAGUUGGUUUGUCCUAGAGUUGCCUAGUGCUGAGGUUCAGCACAAGUAUUAUCUAUCUUCGACCCAUAUGGAGCUGUCUCUGAGUCUUCUCUCAUUGCUUUCCCCCAAUCAUGCCUCUGCCAAGACAGCCCCAUGAUUUACUACUCAUUUUCCUUUUGCAAAGCCCAUUUUCAAGGACAGGGAGGGAGAAUAUAGGGAUGAAGGAGCAAGUAGCUUUCCUUUAUUCAGAA